AUGGAAACUACUGGAGCUUCUGGCCUUCCCCGCAAAUUCACCAUCCAGAGCAACUUCGGGAGGGCAAGGCAACACCGCAGCCGAAAGAAUCGCCCAUGUGAUGUAUGCCGAAAGCGCAAAACUGCUUGUAUCAUCACGAUCGAGCCGCCGUGUCUCUUUUGCAAGAGGAAAGGAUUGAUAUGCCAAUCUCAAGCUGAAGCCCAAAGUUCGAUUGUCACAGAAGAGCCUGUAAUGCCAAGCCCUGCAGCUUCGAGUCAAUUGUCUCAGGACCUCGGUCAAAGAUUCGCUCCUGUAGUCGUUGCCCGUGAUAGCCUCUUGGACCAGUCAACCUCCUGUGGCGGAGAGAUAGUGGCGCCCCCCAACCUGGACAUCCCUGCUUUCCACACCCCGACAGAUUCUGUUUACACUCUCGAGGAUAACCCGGGCACAACGGCGCAUUCCAUGGGCCUAGCCUCCGAACAAGACCCCUACUUCAUUGACGCCUUCCGUUCUGUUCUUGUGAGUGAGCGUGAUGGGAUUGAUGCCGACUUACUUCAAGUCUUCGAAGGCGGGUCAGACCCUGAUGAGCACCCUGUUCAUUUCUUGCUGCUCCAUGACGAGUUCCCCACCCACAGGAACGCUGCGAAGCACGCAGCAGCUGAGGCUAUUGAGAAUAUUGUAUGGCCGCAUGGUCCAGCUCUUGUUCGCCUUUACUUUCGUCACGUUCAUUCCACCUUGCCCAUCAUCUCUAAAUGUCGUUUCCUGAGACAGUACGCCACUGCCAAGGAUACAAUUUCAGCUUCCCUCCGAGGUGCCGUCUACGCGUUGGCUUGUGUCUUCUGGAAUCGAGAUUCGUCCCUCGUAAACCCGUGCCCUUUCUCCCAAGAUGAGAUUGUCGACCAUGCUCAAGAGUCUCUCCGAAGAGAGCUUGAGGCGCCAAACCUCUCAAGGUUGCAAGCCUCAAUCCUACUAAUGCACAUGAUGCCACCUGAUAUAGAUAGUGUGGAAACACCAUACACUUGGAUUAUGGCUGCUCAGGUCGCCGCUUGCGCCCAAAUGAUAGGCCUUCAUCAGGAAUCUGCACAAUGGCAUAUUUCCCCAUGGGAGAAGAGUUUACGGAGGAAGCUGUGGUGGGCGUCCUUCUUGACUGACUGCUGGUCAUCAGUCUGCCAUGGAAAUCCUCCGCACAUUGGCAACGACACAUUUACAACGCUACCUCCUAAUUUAGACGAUCUUCGAUUUGACGAAGAUGUACCCAGCGACUUACAACACAUGGUAGACUUCACUGAUAGGACUUUUCGGGUGUCUGAUGGAGCCCGGUUUCUGGAGAUGGUCAGCAUCUCUCGGCAUUUACGUAGUAUCUUAGACUGUAGCUGGUUCCCUUCAUCUCUCGUAUUACGCUACUCAAGUACUCUUGUUUCGGGGCCUCAUGUAUCCUGCAACGAGGGAGGCAAAAACUACACCUGGUUCCAACCUUCGCCGGUGGCAGUCAGCCGCGCUCUCAGAGUUUGAGCUGUUUGUACUCUUUGUAAAUUCUAUCAGCGAUGAGGAGAUUAAAGGAUUCUGGGGUCGACGUGAGUUAGCCACUGCUAUUAAUCCGACCGCUAAACAGCGCAGACGCUCGAUCACAAUUCAUAUUGUGUGGCAACUUCCUCAUACAUUUGUUUCUGCUCGCAACAGAACCACAUGAUGUUGAGACAGCCUAUCGAUUAUUGGAAACCUUCCAGCAAGCCAUCCAGCGGCUUGAGAGCACUGGAGAUUCUGCAGCAUUGCUCAUGCUUCGGCCAACUGUCCUACGCAUCAAUUCAUUCUUUAUACAGGCUUCUGAGCUCAUUCGAAAUGGGCGCAGUGUAAUCAAUACUUCUCCAGCCAUGACUUGACGGUUAUUUCACGACUCAAGUCAACGUGGGAAGUUCAAGGUGUAUAUAAAGUCAAGAUGUGCUUGACGAGCAUGAGCUCGAUUAAGAAGCAUGGCAUGGAGAUUGUGGUUAUUUGAGCAAGUCGCUCACAAUAGACAUAAACAAAGACGAACGGCAAUUGCGGCUUUGCUGAGUGUCUGAAACGCGAUGGACAGGCUAGCAGCCAUUAAUCGAUCGAUGUUCC